AUGAAAAUUAUCAAGAUAUUUUUUAUUCUGCACAGACUAUCAUGUGUAUUUCCAGAGGAAGCUAUUGUGUUCCCAAGACUGCUCGAAGAAAGGUCAGAAGGAGGGAAGCAGAUAGUUCUGGUUAACAAAGACUUGCACCUUGAACUGCAAAAAGCCUCAAUAUUAGCCGAAACAGUUUUGAUUGAAGGGUUCUCUGAAAGAAAUUUCGCUCUGAGAAUGAAAAAUGGAACGGAGUUGGAGGAAAAUCUAUACGAAGACAGAAAGAAGUUUGCUUCAGUCAUAAUGAUCAAGAAUGACGAGGGCAUUACAUUGGAAGGAAUACUUACUGAACAAUUAAAAAUUGAGCCCUUGCCUAUGAUGCAACGAAUGCCUGGGAAAGGACUACCCCAUAGGAUUUCACGGAUUGAACUGCCUCCUUUGGCCACGGCUUCUUACAGUGAUCUAGCGGUUAAAAAUACAUCGAAAUUGCACCUAUUAGAAAACCGACAAGUUGCAUCCGCUUCCCUUAUUGUUUGUGAACUAUUUAUAUUGGUAGAUUCUGUCUAUGGCAUAACUUUCCCCAACCUGUUCACGUAUUUAAUUGCCCUACUGAAUGCGGUGAAACUUCGGUUUACACUGCUGUCCGACCCCUUUGUUACCAUACGAAUUGUCGGCAUGUACCGACUGACAUAUCAGGAGGAAUCACUCAUAUACUCUUAUUCAUUGGGAUAUGUAUUGGCUGAACAGUCAUUGAGAAACUUAUAUAGGUUUCUUCGUCAAAGGCCCGUUUUUGGGAAUCCAGAUUUCUUUUAUUUGUUUUCAGGGAGAGACCUUGCUCAGAUGAACGGCCAGAAUCUUGACAUAACUCUUAUGGGAAUGACUUUUGUCGCGGUGAUGUGCGGAUUCAACAAUGUCGGAGUUGGAGAAGACAAGCCGGGAACGUAUCAAGGUGUCCGUGUAACUGCUCAUGAGUUGGCCCAUGCGUAA